UAAAAGGCUUAAAAUCAUGAUUAAAUUGUAGGAGAACAUCGAGUCUCUAUGAGGAGAGAGAGGAGGGAGAUGUUACUCAAAACCAGAGAGCAAGAUCUCCAGAGCCCAGCUGUGUGUCUAUGAGGAGUAAUGAAUCCAUGAGACUCCCUGUCACCUUCAGUGAUGGAAAAGAGAUCUUCAACCCCAGGAGAACAUCGAGUCUCUAUGAGGAGAGAGAGGAGGGAGAUGUUACUCAAAACCAGAGAGCAAGAUCUCCAGAGCCCAGCUGUGUGUCUAUGAGGAGUAAUGAAUCCAUGAGACUCCCUGUCACCUUCAGUGAUGGAAAAGAGAUCUUCAACCCCAGAGAUGAUCAGACUGGAGAACUGCAAGAUGCUCACCUACCAGUAUAUGAUGAACAACAGAAAGUCAAAAACCAAUACAAAACCAGUAUGAAGAACAAGUAUGAGAGCUUAUUUGAGGGAAUCAAACUACAAGAGAAUCAAACUCUCCUGAACAGGAUCUACACACAGCUCUACAUCAUAGAAGGAGCGAGUGAAGGGGUGAAUGAAGAACAUGAGGUUUUACAUAUGGAGAGAACUUGCAGUACACAACACUCACAAGACACUCCAAUCAACUGCAAUGAGAUCUUAAAACCAUUGCCUAAACCAGGAUGUGAGGAGAAAGGGCAAAUCAAGACUGUUCUUACUAAAGGCAUUGCUGGAAUUGGAAAAACCGUUUCUGUGCAGAAGUUCGUUUUGGACUGGGCAGAGGGAAAUGCCAAUCAGGAUGUAGAGUUCAUGUUUGUGCUUCCAUUUCGAGAGCUGAACUUGAUUAAAGAUCGCCAAUACAGUCUUCACAGACUCCUGCUGGACUUUCAUCCUGAACUUCAAGAUCUGGACUCAAAAAUUUAUGAGGAGUGCAAAGUUGUGUUCAUCUUUGAUGGUCUGGAUGAAAGCAGAAUUACACUCAUUUUUUCAGACAGUAAGAAAGUAUCUGAUGUAAAUGAGUAUUCAUCCGUGGGUGUGUUGAUGUCAAACCUCAUUAAAGGAGAGCUGCUUCCCUCAGCUCAUAUCUGGAUCACUUCCAGACCAGCAGCAGCCAGUCAGAUCCCCUCUAAAUACAUCCACCGUCUGACUGAAAUUCAGGGAUUCAAUGAUCCUCAGAAGGAGGAAUAUUUCAGGAAGAGAAUCAGUGACGAGCUUCAAGCCACCAGAAUCAUUACACACAUUAGAAGAGCAAGAAGCCUCCACAUCAUGUGCUACAUACCCGUCUUCUGCUGGAUCUCAUGCAAUGUGCUUCAAAAUCUCUUGAAACAAGAUGACAAUGCAGAAAUCCCUCAAACUCUGACUGAAAUGUACAUCCACUUUCUGCUCAUUCAGAUCAACAUGCGGAAUCAGAAGUAUGAAGGGAGAGAUACAAAUGAACUAUUGCAGUCCAACAGAGAAGUGAUCAUUAAACUUUCUGAACUGGCUUUCAAACAGCUAAUGAAGGGUAAUGUCAUGUUUUAUGAGGAGGAUCUGAGUGAGUGUGGCAUAGACAUAAAUGAUGCCUCAGUGUAUUCUGGGAUUUGCACUGAGAUCUUUAAGGAGGAAUCUGUGAUACAUCACAGGAGAGUCUACUGCUUCAUACAUCGGAGCUUUCAGGAGUUUCUAGCUGCUUUAUAUGUAUUUUACUCCCAUCUGAUGAGGAAAAUGGAGUCGUUGCAGUUUUUUCUGGAUAACAGAAAUGAGAGCUAUUCAUCUCAGCCAACGUCUUUGUGUGAGCUUCUAAAACUUGCAGUUACUAAAACUCUUCAGAAUAAAAAUGGUUACCUGGAUCUUUUUCUGCGAUUCCUGUUGGGCAUCACACUGGAGUCAAAUCAGAAACUCUUACAGGAUCUACUGACACGUACAGAAAAAAGCUCAGAGGCCAGCAGAGAGACCACACUGUACAUUAAAGACAAAAUUAAGGAAAGUUAUGGUCUCUUAGCUGACAGAUCUAUUAGUCUGUUCCUCUGUCUUCUUGAAGUAAAUGAUCAGACUCUGUACAGAGAGAUUCAGGAGUUUGUGAAAUCAGGUGAACAUUCAGAGAAUAAACUCUCCCCUGGUCAAUGCUCAGCAAUAACCUACAUUCUUCAGAUGUCUGAGGAAGUGCUGGAUGAAUUUGAUCUCAUGAAAUACAACACAUCAGAUGUGGGUAGAAGGAGACUGAUACCAGCUGUUGUUAACUGCAGAAGAGCUCUACUUGAUGGAUGUCAUCUGUCUAAUCAGUCCUGUGAAAGUUUGUCUUCAGCUUUACGAUCAUCAAACUCCCGUCUGACAGAGCUGAACCUGAAUAACAAUAACCUGCAGGACUCAGGAGUGAAGCUACUCUGUGUUGGACUGAAAAGUUCAGACUGUCAACUGAACAUCCUGAGAUUGGCAGGUUGUAGAUUGACUGGUGAGUGCUGUGAAAGUUUGUCUUCAGCUCUACAGCCAGCUCUGAAAGAGCUGGACCUCAGUGACAAUUGCCUGCAGGAUUCAGGACUGAAGCUGCUCUCUGUUGGACUGAAGAGUUCAAAUUGUCAACUGAAAAUACUGAGAUUGGUCACCUGCAAUAUCACCAGUCAGUCCUGUGAAAGUUUGUCUUCAGCUCUACAGUCACCAAACUCCCGCCUGAGAGUGCUAGACUUGAGUAAAAAUGACCUGCAGGAUUUAGGAGUGAAGCAGCUCUCAGUUGGACUGGAGAGCUCACACUGUCAGCUGGAGAUACUGAGGUUGUCUGGCUGCAUGGUGACAGAGGAGGGCUGUCGUUAUCUUUCUUCAGCUCUGAGUUCAAACCACUCACGCCUGAGAGAGCUGGAUCUGAGCUACAAUCACCCUAGAGAUUUAGGAGUCAAGCUGCUGUCUGAUAGACUGAACCAUUCGAGCUGCACACUAGACAAACUAAAUGUGGAUAAUGGAGGAGAGUUGAGGAUUACAGUAGGACUUCACAAAUGUACGUGUACACACACACACACACACACACACACACACCCCUACACCUUUUGUGAUUGUUUUAUGUCUCUCUUUUUGAGUUCAGAUGCCUGUGAUCUCACACUGGAUCCAAACACAGCACACAAUUGUCUCAUUCUAUCUGAGAAGAACAGAAAGGCGACAUAUGUGGGAGAGUACCAGUCAUAUUCUGAUCAUCCGGAGAGAUUUGAUGGGUGUCCUCAGGUUCUGUGUAGAGAAAGUCUGUCUGGACGCUGUUACUGGGAGGCUGAAUGGAGUGGAAAUGCUAUUAUAGCAGUGACAUAUAAAGGAAUCAGAAGGAAAGGAGGGAGUUGUACCUGUGAAUUUGGAUACAAUAAAAACUCCUGGAGUCUGAUAUGCUUCAAUGACAAAUUUACUGUCUGGCACAAUCUUAUUUCAAUUGACAUAUGUGUCCCUUCACACUCCUAUCGGAGAGUAGGAAUAUAUGUGGAUGUGUCAGCUGGCAUUCUGUCCUUUUAUAGUGUCUCUAACACACACACACUCACACACUUACACACAUUCAACAACGCAUUCACGGAGUCUCUCUAUGCUGGAUUUACUGUUUUUGAUACAGUGUCUCUGUGUCAGUAAAUAACAAAAAGUCAAUGAGUAACAACAGAGGCACCCACAUUCCUGAGGGGAAAAAAAAUCUCACUUGAUAUGUUAGUAUUUUUUAUUGUGGGGUGGUGGUGUGGUGGUGCUGGGAGGGGGAGCUCAACUUUUUCCUUUCUGCCCCAGACUGAGUUGAUGUAUUCAUGUGUUCUGUAUGUUGUAAGAUUCUAUUGUGUAGUGGAAAUUUUAAUAUUCACUGAUCCUUAGUAGGUAUUACAAAGUAGUGUGAGUCAAAUGUUUCUAUUGUGUGAACAGGAUAUAUGUAUGUUUGUAUACCUAUGGAAAUUCAGGAGUAAGACAUUUUGGGAACAGCUGGGAAGGGACCUUUGACCCUAAUAUUUACCCUAUGUGGCGAACAGGACGGCCGAGGGACCUGAGAGAAUGGCGUGAGGCCGGUUGUGCGAUUGCUAAUGAGCAACACCUGUGAGCACACCGGUCUUGCAUCUCUCACGGAGGAGCGGAAGCAUAAAGGGGGAGCGAUGAUGUGGAUGAUCGAGAGAGGAACAGGCCUGGUUUUUGUUUGUAUUUUAUUUUUGGUAGCCAGCAGUCGUCCACGAGGGGCUGCUGGCGGUUUUUACUUUUUGUGUAUUAUUUGCGUUUUAUUUUGGAAGCCAGCAGUCGGCCGUGAGGGGCUGCUGGCGGUUACUUUGAGUUUGUUUGUUUCAAAUUAAAUAAAGUUUUUGUUAUUA